UGUAACGAUGAGUAAAUAAAAAAAUGGAAAGGAACUAGGUGGGAAAUCACAAUCAGACCAACAAACGCAAGUUCGAUGGGAAAUUGCAACAAACUCCUAUCCUGUGUCCUGUUUCUUCUAUAUUUGGAUUGAAGGGAUGCAUAUGCAGCUAUGUCUUCAAAGGUUAGAAAUCCAGUCACUGGUUAUCUCAUCAAGGCAUGCGUACCCGAAGAUUAGAGAGAUAGACCCUGAUCCUGAUAUGAUAUCAAUACCCCAAGAAGAGGAACAAGAAGAACAGACCGAAGCUCCUACUUCUGGCUCCAUUCCCCAUACGCCACCUCUUCCUUUCCCUUCAUCUUCUUCUCUCCCCAACUGUGUCUCUUCUCUCACACCAAAACCCAUCUCCUCGCCUACUACCAUGUCGCAUACCACUUCUAAGCCCAGACACCCCCCGAAACCAAAACCUGCUUCCUCUUCUAGGCUACCCACAAGACCCAGGACAAACCCACCUGGACAAGACCCUCAAAAAUCUACCAACUUUUCUCACCCCACUCCCAGGAAGAACCACCAAUCCCACCAGGAAAAGCUACAAUUUAGUGAGGUUCUUGUUAAGGAUUUGCAAUCUCAGUUGCUCGCUUUGAAGGCAGACUUGGAUAAAGCUCAAACGUUAAAUGCACAACUCCAGUCGCAGAAUAACAAACUCUCUCAGGAUCUUGCCGCAGCUGAAGCUAAAAUUGCAGCUCUUACCGCUUCUCACAAGGAGGAGGCAGUUGCAGAGUACCAGAGCCCUAACUUCAAGGACAUUCAAAAACUAAUUGCCACCAAACUGGUAUCUGCAAUGGGUAGAAAGGUGACAAACCGUGAGCCAAAAAUUGCUAAGACUCCAUCACCAUGUCCAAUUCCCCAACUUGCCAAGGCAGAAAGAAGGGCUCUACCAUGCCCCUCUUUGCCACCACUACCUCCAGCACCGCCACCCCCACCCCCAAUUCGAUUUCCAGCCAGAACACCUCCGACACAAAAGGUUUCUCCGCUUGAACAUCUUCAUGGCAUUUCGAUUAAGCAACAAGUAAAUAGAGAUCCUCCACUAACUGGGAGUCAAAAUAAACCAACAGUUAUCAGUGCCCAUAGUAGCAUAGUUGGAGAAAUUCAAAAUCGUUCAGCACAUCUCCUAGCAAUAAGAGCAGACAUUGAAACAAAGGGAGAGUUCAUAAAUGGCCUUAUCCAGAAAGUAUUGGCCGCAGCUUAUAAUGAUAUAGAAGAUGUCCUAAAAUUUGUCGACUGGCUUGAUAUUGAACUUGCAUGUCUGUGUUUGUUUCAGGCUGAUGAGCGGGCUGUGUUAAAGCAUUUCAAGUGGCCUGAGAGGAAAGCCGAUGCUUUGCGGGAAGCUGCCGUUGAGUAUCGUGAACUUAAAAUGUUAGAAAUGAAGAUUUAUUCUUAUAAUGAUGAUCCAAAUAUUCCAUGUGAAUCUACCUUGAAGAAGAUGGCUAGCUCACUAGACCAGUCUGAAAGGAGCACACAGAGACUAAUAAAACUGAGAAGCUCAGUCGUGCGCUUUUAUGAGGAUUAUAAGAUCCCCACUGAUUGGAUGCUUGAUUCAGGAAUAAUGAGUAAGAUUAAGCAGGCUUGGGUAAAAUUGGCCAAGACCUAUAUGAAGAGAGUGAGGGUGGAGCUUGAAGUGGCAAGGAAUUUAGACAGGGAAUCCACCCAGGAAGCUCUACUGCUUCAGGUUGUGCAUUUUGCCUAUAGAGCUCACCAGUUUGGUGGAGGUCUUGACUCCAAAACACUGUGCUGUUUUGAAGAGAUUAAGCAGCACGUUGCAGGACAUUCCAGAAGAUCCCAGGAGCUGGUUGCUGGAAUACCGUCAUCAUGAGAUAUGACUUGUAAAAUCGAUAACACCUAGAUUAGAUUCACGAAAAGGAUUAGCGUUGGAUAUUGUUUUUUUUUUUGUUGUUGUUUUUUUUUUCUGAAAAAGAGAAAACUUUCAUUGUUGUAGUAGAUUGUAUAAAAACCUCAACUUUUUCCUCUUCAAGGAAACCUCAGUUAGAAAUCUUGAGAGAUA